GUUACUUAUACCACUUUAACUAUUCCAUAACCUGUAUACAUAUGCUGGUUGGUGUUUUAUUCUCCCUCAUUUCAGGGAGGAACUUGCAAGUUAACUGCUUGCAAAAGGAGUGGGGAAAAUACAUUAUGCUAGACAACUGGUUCAGUACUACCAUAUGAACAGAAACAGUUAUUGGUCGACUUCCUCCUGAAUGGGUCAGUCUUUGUCUGCCCCUGUUCUUUCUAAAGAAACAAGUAGUUGGCAGAAUGAAAACUACAGUGUUGCAGUAUCCAGUAUGCAAGGAUGGCGUGUACAUAUGGAAGAUUCCCAUAUGUGUUUACUGGAGCUUCCCAAUGAUCCAAAGGCUGCCUAUUUUUCAGUUUUUGAUGGGCAUGGUGGAACCAGAGUGGCUAAUCAUGCAAGCAUUCAUCUGCAUGAGAAGAUAGUAGAGCAAAGUGAAUAUGCGCGAAACGAUAUAAAAGAGGCUAUUCGCAACGCCUUUUUAUGUUUGGAUGCAGAAAUGCAGUCUGAGAUGACUUCGUAUUCCGUGAAAUCGAUAACCGCAAAAUCGGAAACAGCUAGUGGAACAGCAUCCAAUUCAAAUACGGCAAUCAAAAAUAAUACCGCAGAAACCCAGAACGAAGCUUCAACAAGCUUCUCUUUGAAAAUUCCGAAUCCAGGUGACGAACUGGCUGGAUCUACUGGUAUAAUCGUACUGCUAAAAGAUCAAACGCUAUAUUGCGGCAAUGCUGGAGAUAGUCGUGCUGUAUGCAGUAGACGUGGAGUAGCAGAGCCAUUAUCAACAGAUCAUAAACCCACUUUGCGAGCUGAGAAAGAACGCAUUUCUGCUGCUGGUGGUUGGGUCGAUGCAAAACGUGUAAAUGGUAAUCUCGCACUUUCUCGAGCUUUUGGAGAUUUCGUCUUUAAACGCAACCCACGUCAGUCCGCUGAAAAUCAGAUCGUAACAGCCAAUCCGGACGUUUAUGUCCGAAGAAUUUCAGCCGAAGACGAUGAAUUCAUAGUACUAUGUUGUGAUGGUAUUUGGGAUGUAAUGACUAAUCAGGAGGUUAUAAGCUUUAUCAGAUUACGACUCAGUUAUGGAAUGACUCCUUCUAAGGUAUGUGAAGAAUUAAUGAUGAGGUGUUUAGCGCCUGACUGUCAUACAAAUGGUUUGGGUUGUGACAAUAUGACGGUUGUUUUGGUCUGUCUUCUUCAUGGUCGUCCACUUUCUGAUUUACAACGUAGAUGCUCGAGACCAUGUCCAGCCGGUCCUGCAGCUGAUAUUCUAGGUGGCUAAAUAAAUUUGCGUUUGUUGCUGUGCAGUUCGUUAUUAUGGUUUUGACAUUGACUAUGUGUCAUGUCCACUAAUUACAAUUUGGUUUGCAGUGUGUUUUAACGGUUUUCAGUCAAAUGAUCUUGCAUUUACUACACCUCAAACUAGUUUAUACUGAUAUUUGAUUGCUCUAAAUUCAAAUAAUAAAUCCUUUUAGGAAGAUUAAGCUUCUUAUUAAAUUAAUACUUUCUAAUUAUUUCAAACAUUUCAUGUACAUUAAUGUUGCUAAAGUUGAAGGCAAAUUCAUCUUCGUAAAUCACUCAUUAGUCAUUUUGUAAUAUUGCAAGGUAAUAUGGGAAUCGAAACAGUGUUGAUGGAUAACCACUGAUCUAACAACCACUUUGUAGGCAUUCGCGCCGAGGUCAGUAUUAACAGUUUGACUGUUCUUAAAACUUCCACUGCCUAGCAAAGUAGAUUUAUUUAACAUCAGUUUAAAUUGCUCACCCUUCUAAGUUAAUCUAAGUUUGUCAGUCACCGAAAAGAUAACAUUCUUCAUUGACAAACAACAAAUCCAACUUCCUAUUUGCCUAAGUUUAAGCGAAACACUGUCUCCACCCACUCCAAUUUAAUCGGUGAAUAUGCUUCACGAAUUAGUUUGCAUGGUCUAAUUCCAUACAUAUGAAUACCACGGGACCUACCACAUACUAUAGCGUACCUUACUUUUCUGUGUUGUCAUUUAUGUGCAUUUUCAAAACUCGGAUAUCUCUGAAUUUUCCUUGUUGCCCUUCCUGACUAUAUCUCUUAGUAUAACAAGUUAUAAAGUGCCAAACUAAAAAAACUGUUUAAAAAAAUAAAUACUAAAUUUAAGAUGCUACCUUUUGUGCUUCGUCUACAUGGAUUCAACAACUAACGAUAUUAAGUCUGGAAUAAAUACAUUAACACAGAGAAAGGCAGUUUUAGUUGAUUUAAUGCUUUAAGUUAGUAUUAUUGUUCUUAAAGAACACUAUAUAUAUUUUAUAGGAAUGGCAUCCAAUGCACCUGGAUUUCGUCCAGAUAGUUUUUGGCAAAUGCAUUUAGUAGAUAUGUUUAAUGAGUGCUACAUGUCACUACAAAGUACGUAUUCUCCUGUAAUAUAUUGAUUAAAGAGUAGUUUUGUAGAGAUACAUUAAAGCAAUUAACUAAUAGCAGGAAUCCCAAGAGCGAAAUAUUUUAAGCAUUCGAAAAAUUGUGUGAAGUACUCAAAGAUAAUCGACGCACUGCAUCAAAAUUUAUAAUUAGCUAUCUACAUUAACAUAAAUUGUCUAAAUGAAAGCCAUUCAAUGAUAUAGCGAGUCAUAUAUAUAUAUAUAUAUAUAUAU